AUGGUAUACGUUUUCGGUGGGAGGUUCAUGACAGGGUCUACCAAAUCAUCCGUCUACAGUCCGGCGUACCUUUUGAACCAAGAUGUAGUUCUCGUUACCUUCAACUAUCGUCUGGGUAUUUUGGGGUUCUUGAGCACUGGCGACGAAGUGGCUUCCGGAAAUUGGGGCCUGAAAGAUCAGGUCCUUGCGCUCGAAUGGGUGCAGCGUAACAUCAGACACUUUUACGGUGACCCUGAUCGAGUGACGUUAUUCGGCCACAGCUCAGGGAGCGCUUGCGUUCACCUUCUGACGCUUUCGAAAUUGACAAUUGACUUCUAUGAAAAGGAGGGUUGGCUCGAAGACUUUCUGGCAAACUUUGAUCAUUUGCUGCCGAUUUUCUCGUACUGGUUGUAUCAACCGGACUCUGGAGCCGCUUGGGUCAAGGCGGCCAAGUCGUACUAUUUCAAUAACAUUGAAACAAUGAAUAGAAGUGAGUUGCUGACUAACUUGACGUUACUCAUCGGUGACGCUACGUUCACCUAUCCGAUGUACUCCGCCCUGCUAUACCAGCAUGCAGUGGCAGUAAAUCCCCAAUAUUUCUACGCCUUUAGAUAUCGGGGCACCUGGAGUAACACUUACCUUUACAGCAACCCUUUGACGGACUACGGAGUAGCACACGCGGAUGAUCUUGGUUACAUUUUUCCACAUGUAGACUACAAUAUCAUCUUAGCUCUCAACAAAACCCCAAAUGAAAAAGAUCUACAAAUGAGGGAAAUCAUGGUGCAAUUGUGGACAUCUUUUGCGAAUCACGGUAAACCUUCAACUUUGUUUUUUCGUGGAAAUACAACGUGGGAGCCGUACUCGAAAAAGGACAAUUACCUUCAGAUAGGGGACAGAUCCGAAAUCACGCUAGAGGUUAAACAUUCCUUCUCAACAGAGCGAAUGCAAUUUUGGGCUAACUUGGAAAGAAGUACGGCAGAAGCAGAAACCAUCGGGUUCAUCCACUGACACGCCACCGCUAGAAGAUUCUACUGUCAAUAUUUAUCGACCGAUUAAACGCGGUAUUCCUGUAAAAAUGCCGAAAUCAUCGAAAUUCUGCAUGCAAUGUCGAACAAAAAUAAACAGAUACUUUUUCGUAUACUGCGAGAAUGCGGCUAGGAAAUUUAUUCCAAUAAUUAGUAGUAUUUCGCUUACAGAAAUACAUUUCUCGGCAUUAUUAGUGCUUGAGGGAAAAUUUUUUUUUGGAUGUUUGUAUUCGGUAUUGUUUGUAGAAUUGCGUUCAUUACAGCAUUUUUACAGCAGUGAUGCGUAGGUUUUGAUAAUAUUCAAAAUGUGUGACAUAUAACGCAAUCUGUAACGACUGAAUAUAGCAUCCUCC